AUGCCCAAACUGGAGCAGUUCGAAAUCAAGAAAUACUGGCAAAUUUUCUCUGGUUUGAAGCCCGUCGAGAACAAAUUGACGCACGAUCAAGUUCAACCUAUCUUGUUCAAUUCGAAGCUUGAUUCCUCCAUUUUGAACAAGAUUUGGUUCCUAGCAGACAUUGACGAUGACGACAAUCUCGACUUUGAAGAGUUUGUGAUAUGCAUGCGGCUUAUCUUUGAUAUGGUCAACAAGAACAUCGAUUCCGUUCCCGACGACCUUCCUGACUGGCUUGUACCAGGUAGUAAGCUAAAGUUGCUGCAACAGCGUAAGGGUCGAGACGGAACUCAGGAAACUGCGUCAAAUUCAAAUAGUGUAACGACCCGUGAAACUGCCCCAGCAACUGAGACGCAGAAACCACCUUCUCCACCGCCAAAAUUGGAUUGGUACAUCGCGCCAUCUAACAGAGCACUAUACACUUCCAUCUACGACUCGUGCGAAAAACUCACAGAUGGCACAAUUUCGUAUGCACCUCUACUCAGUGCGGUGAGAAAUAAAUUUCCAAAUGUAAGCUCAGCUGAUUUCGAUCAUCUGUGGGUACUUGUGAACCCUCAAAAUAUAGGGUCCAUCAACAAAGACCCAGCCGUUUUUCUGAUACAUGCCCUGAAACAGAGGAAUGAUCUGGGCUGUGACUUGCCAUCAGACUUACCACAUGCUUUCAAGGAGAUCUGCAAUCAGCAACGAGUAUCAUACGACUUGAAAUCUUCACAGGCUGAUAUCACACGUCAUUCUCGUCACACAAAUACCAGCAACGCCAUCACCCAGCAAGGUUCAGAUUCUGUAAAUCCCGCUCAGAGAAAGCAAGCUGAACUCUCGAAUAAAAGCACAUUUGAUGCUGACGAAGCCAAGGCGGUUGUGGGAUCAGACCCUGCGAUCGCCAGAGCUCAACUGGAAGAGUUAUACAACUAUUUGCAAAAGCAAGCAUCUAAUUACCGUAAUCCAGGUGCACCGGUAGACGUAAGGGGUAUCAGUGAGGACAUAGGGACGAUAGAACAACAGGUUGGUGUUUUGGAGCAGUUUUUAAGCAGCAAAAAGCAGGAGCUACAACAAUUGCAAUCGGAAAACCAGUCACUGCGUGCGUAA